UGCAGAGAGAGAGAGAAAAAAAACACAACCAAACAACCACCUCUGAAGUGCCAAACUUGAGUCCAACCUCUCUCCUCUCCUCCCAUCUCAUUCUUUCCUACCCGGGCACCCACAGAUGGAUUUGCAGACAUCGCUCUAACAGACUGAAGAGUGCAGGAGGACUUAAAGGAAAGCUCUCAUCCCAAGAUACCAAAGAAAACCAACAGAGAAGUCUCAGAAAAUCCUAAGUUGAUCUACUUCUACCCUCUACCCAGCUAUAAAAAGAAAGUGCCAUGGCGACACCCAAAAAUACUCCCCGAGGCUCCAACACACCUCUGUCCCCCAACCGUAUCACCCGGCUCCAGGAGAAGGAGGACCUGUGCAACCUCAACGACCGGUUGGCCGUCUACAUCGACAAGGUGCGCUCACUGGAGUUUGAGAAUGCCGGCCUGCGUCUGCGCAUCACCGAGUCAGAGACAGAGGUCAGCCGGGAGCUGACGGGCCUGAAGGCCGCCUACGAGACGGAGCUGGCCGAUGCCCGGCAGACUCUGGACUCCGUGGCCAAGGAGAGAGCCCGGCUGCAGCUGGAGCUGGCCAAACUGAGAGAGGACUUCAAGGAGCUGAAGGCAAGCCUCUAG